CCCGCGUCCUCUUUCUUUCCUUCUCCUCUUCCUCUCCUUUUCUCAUUCUCUUCGUUUUCCCUCGUUACUUGUUUUAAUCUAGCCUCCUGUACAAUUCCGUCCUGCCAUUCGCCAUGUCGCGCCCUGCCGAUCCGUUCGGGAAAUCCAGACCGCCGCAUGCCGCCCAAUCGCGGAACCCGAUCCAGAGCGUGCUGUCGAUGCCGCCGAAAUGGCUGCAGAUGUAUGGCGACUUCAUCACGAAGAACGCGCACCAGGUCUCCCAGAUCGAGAGCGCGCUGCGGUCUCUGACCUACAUCAUCCCCGGCCGCUUUCGCGAUGCCGAGAUCGCUUCCGAAACCCUGCAUUCGAGCAUCCAACUGCUCUCCCUCUACCACGAUGCCCUCCUCCGCGGCGCCGUCGCCAAGAUACCCGCUCUAGCCUCUAAGAUACCCAACUCCCAUACGCGUUAUACCCGAUUCUGGACCACUAAGAGUACCCUGUACCGGAGGAUAGCACUGCUGCUGCAGAUAGUCCAGUACACCGAGUUGUUGUGGGAGAUGGCCGCUAAGCGCAAGGGGGAGCGGAUUCGCUGGCGCGUCGUCAUCAUCCUAGAGGUCAUUAAGGCCGUCUGCCGGCUGUUGCUGAUGCGGGUUACCAACUCGAGGCCCCUCGUCACCCCGCCGCUCCCCGAGCGAGAGCCGGUCCCGCCAGAUGUCGAACAGAACGACGACGACGACGCGCUGAAGGAGCUGAUGGGCGAAGACACUACCUCCAGCGGUUCUUCCAAGGCCACCCGCGAAAAGGAGUGGACGAUGCCGCGGACGAGGUCUAGUCUCCCGAGCUUGCCAAACCCUGGGGACAUCAGCUCGUACCUGAUGACCCGUGUCCUGACCGCAGACGACAUAAAGCCCGCAGCGAAGCUCCUCAACACGCUAUCCCGCAACGGGAAGACGGCCGAGAUUCUGCACAUCCUCUCUCCUCUCGUCUACGCCAUUGCCCUGUCGAGAAGCAAGGACAAGAAAUCCUGGACCCCCUGGAUCAUUGGUCUGAGCAUGGAGUACGCCGCACGGCAGCUGCGUGACCGGGGCCUGCGAAGCACCGCUCUGGAGAACGAGGAAUGGGUCAAGAGGUACUGGGCCGCGGGCUGGUGGGCCAUGAGAGGCGCCUUCUACGACCAUGUCACCAAGGGCGUGGUGACGGGAGUGCGACGCCGCAUGCCCAGCCUCGUUUCUGGCAUCCUCGAGGACUACGAAUACCUGUGGGAGAACUACUACUUCAGCACCAGUGCCUGAGGGGGAGCCCUCGCGAAUGGAUAUAGAC